AUGAUGAAUUUUAACCUCGAUCUAAAGGAUCCAAGUCCAAUCGUAGAUUCUGUGACAUUAUCUUCAAUCGAUAAGAAAUUAGACAUGAUUUUAAGUCGACUAGACAAAAUCGCUAUAAAUAAUAAUGCUCCAAACCAGAUUCAAGAUGUAAAUGCUGCGCCUAAUGAUGUGUCAGGAAAUCUUAUCGGAUGGUGGAAAUUCAACAAUUCUUUUAACGAUUCAUCAGGCGUUAUCGGAGAUAAUUAUAAACUGUAUGGUGAGCCUAAAAUUGAAGAUUGUUUUCUUGGCAAAUGUGCAGUAUUUAAUGGUGACGAAUCAAUUGAUGUGGAUGUAUCAAAUAAAUCACAAUAUCAGCUUGAUUUAUAUACUGUGUCCAUCUGGUUUCUCGCUGCUGAUGGUGCAAAUGGAUGGCGUACAGCAGUUGGUUCAUGGGAACAUGACGUCGGUCAUUGUUGGAUACAUUUAGGAUUUGAUGACAAGAAUACUAUCCAAAAUCAAACAAUGGUUUCGUCUGGUCAAUGUCAAUUUGAUUGUGAUUCAAAUGUAACAGUUGAGUCAGAUAAAUGGUAUCAUGUUGUAGCAUUGGUAAGUCGAAACUUACAGCAAAUAUGGAUCAAUGGAACGUUGGCUGGUGCAAAAGAUAUGUCAAGUGUGGACUAUGCCGAUGAUAUUCAUCGUGAUCUUCCAUCAAAUUAUACCUGGUCUGAACAGAAAUUGCACACACCAUUACAGUAUAUCCAUAUUGGUUCUAAAAAUGAUGAACAUCAUAAUCCGUGGUGCGGGAAAAUAGCCGAUUUGUCUAUAUGGAACCGUUGGUUAACGCCGGAUGAAAUUCGAGCAAUGUACAAUCAAAAGAUUUCAGUUGAUCAAAUAGCCGCUGGUACACAUAUUCUUACACAAGAAGAUGCAGAAUCUAUGCCACAGCCCGUUAUCGCAGUAAACAGAUCGUCUAAAGGGUUUCAUAUUGCCAGACAAUCCUUCUGGUAUCGGUAA